AUGAUUGGUGACAUUUCAGACUAUGAUCAACUUUUGAUUGAAGAGGGGAGGUUGCUGGUCUCUGAGAUGUUAGCUGCAUUGGUGCUCGUCUUAUCUGAGGAGAUCUCUGGAGACAGUACCUUAUCACAGUAUGUCAGUUAUGAAAGCCAGGUCUUGCCUAUCGCCAGCAUUGAGAAACUUGUUGCUGAAAGCUUCCUAACUAUGGUCGCGUCGCGGCUGGAAGAUCUGCUGCAAAGUCUCGGGAUUAAAAAGACCUACUUGGAAUCCGUCUUGGAAAGGGGUCAAAAAUGCGUGAGUGGCAUAGCACAGAUCUCUGCUGCCGAGCCUCACCGACAGAGAAUCCUCAGCUACUGCGCGACGUUGCGAGACAACUUUCUGACAAUAGAGGAGGCGUCGAGCACCCCUCCUGAUUCAGGAGGACACCACAUCACACAGCUGAACGGACAACAGAGCACCCUGCGUCAGUACAAAAUGGUGGCCCCUGUAUACACUGGCCUGGUGGUAAAGUCUGGCACCACUGGAGAUACCCGAACGGAUAUGGUCCGAGCACUGGCUGUGACUAAUCUGAAUCACGACAUAUUCAGAACGUCUUUGGGCGUAGAGCAGAUCACCUAUGAGGAUACGCAGUUCAGUAAUGGAGAGCGAGACACAAUGAAGGAUAUUAUGACUGAAUGUUGUUCUCAGUUUGCCAAGGAGCCGCUGAAUGAAUUUUGUAGGAGCAGUCUGCGCAAGAUUGUGGGAAACAUUACACUGGUUCUCCGAAACAACUUUCCCAUUACGGUGCCCACGAGCAUUGAGGUGAAGAAAAGAACUGUGCCUACUCGCGGUAGCCAGCCGAAUGGUGGUCAGUCCAUUACUGGUCAGUCCAUUACUGGUCAGUCCGCGAACGAUCGAUCGACUGCAGGUCAGUCCGCGAACGGUCGGGAGGAUAUGGAGCAGUACCCGGCUUUGACGUUGAGUAACUUCACUGGCGGGAGCGUGUUAGACCGAUCUGCAGAGAUUUUGUUGGCAGACGUACGCGCGGAUUUGGAAUACCUGAAGGAUGUGGUGGGGUGUGUGCAAACAUCUGAUUUACCGGAUGUGAUAUCCCCGAUACUGUAUACGGAGUCAGGUGUGUGUAGUCUGUUGGCCGAGCGUGUGUCCGUGGCGGAACGUGAGUUGUGGCAUGCGGUAAAUCUGUUUAUCAAGUUGCUGUUCCCGGUGGGUACGCGCUUAUUGGAGACGGGUCCGCCGCCUCUUCUGCAGCCGGUGGAUGUGUCGUACCAUCUGGCCUCUUGCGCACUGUUGCCUUUGGGUUUGCUGAGUUGCAUCUACCACUUGAGCGACAACUCCGCGGCGGCUGUUUCCGUGACUAUUCUCGCACGCUUUGUUCGCUCGACCAUCGCGUCCCAGGAGGUCGCCUGCGUCUACGAACGUAAUGAACUGCUCGCACUACCUAUAGGCCCACCUGCCGCUUCCAACCUCGCCAAACACUUGUCGGAACACACACCCGGAUGCGUCUUGUGGCCGGGUGUUGACAUCCUCGUUCAUGCUGCCCUUACGCGUCCCUUACCCUGCUCGACGGCCGUGCACGGUAACGGUAUCGACAGUAUGGGACCGGUCGACGGUAUGGGACCGGUCGACAGUAUGGGACCGGUCGACAGUAUGGGGCCGGUCGACGGUAUGGGAACUGAAGAUAAGGCCGGAUCAACUGAAGACAAGGUCGGAACAAGAACUCUGAGUGCUGCGGAGGCCAAGUUGGUGGCUAGCAUGGCUGAGACGAAUUGCCUCACGAAUGCGAUUCGACUGCAGUGGUCGACGGAGGCUGCAUGGUUGUUGAAGCGGCCGCCACCAGUGCGAUUCUACAGUCGGACACGGCCGUCACUAAUGAGUAAGGCGCUCUCGGCGACCGCACACCCUGCUAGUUGGUUGAUAGAGGUCUUGUGUUUAUGCGCGAACGUCUGGAUGGCAGGCGACCACGGACACAGUGGUGCAUUGGGGUUGGGUGUGCCACGACUGUGGCAGUUUGAUCCGCUACUAGCCGCCUCGGAACCGGCACUGAAACAACGGAACGAGAAGAUGCGUGCUGUCGGAGUUGACGUCUGGGAAACGAUCGUGCCCAUGCCAAUUUAUCUUAGCGCCAAUCUCAGUAAGGCCGACUGUGGCCAGUACCACACACUCCUCCUUACAGAACAAGGACAAUUGGUAGCUUAUGGGUCAACCAAACAUGGACAACUGGGCUUCCUCAUGCCCCAGAAUAAACUUUGCUUGCCCAUCAAUUCCACACGGACACACUGCGGAGAUCGCAGACUGCUCGACCACAUACAUGCCACACGUAAAAGAGAACGUUUCAAAGCAAUCAGACGACUCGCCAAAAAGACAUCCGGCUACCCUCUCCCAGGCAAUUCAGUCACAGCGGAGUAUGCGGAGGAAUCUUAUCAGUUACCCUGGUCGGUCACUUCCCCGGUAACGUUGUCCUUCUUCCAUCACGGUGAGUUCGCCAAGAUAACAGAUGUCGUUUGUGGAUCAAACUUUUCGUUAUGUCGAGUGAGGCCGGACUCUGCGGUAGAGAAGGAUUAUUUGGUGCUCUUGGCCGACCGACAGGGCGUGGACGUGGCCGACGAGAAUGUUGGCGGCAUCGACAGCAGCCGGCUCCGACGGCACUCCUCGUUGCUCAGUUCCAUCGAUGACAAGCCCGUUCGUAACGCAUACGUAUUCCGGAACGUGGUCCCGAGCGCCUUCGACAGUACCCUGGAAUCACCCUUGAAUAGCGCGCCAGACAAUAGUCCCUUUCCGACGCCUUCGGCCCAACGGGACCUGGCGGAAAGAAGUCGAGGAACCGGGAGUCGGCCAGGCGGGAGUCGCAACCAAGACCGCGGUGGUAAGAACGGUGGUCGCAGGGAUUACAACCAAUACGGUGGCCUGCAGCAGGAUAGUGGCCUGCAGCAGGAUAGUGGCCUGCAGCAGGAUGUCGGCCGGCAGCAGGAUGUCGGCCGGCAGCAGGAUGUCGGUCAAGAUCCGGAGUGUGGUUGUAUGUUCGUGGUCGAGGCGCCGUCAAUAGUGCGUGUCAUGGGUGCAGGGGUUGCGCACUGGGGCGUUAUUUGUGAGGAUGGGUCGUUGUUACUUGGCGGCAGUAAUGCAGCUGGGCAGUUGGGUCCGUGGGCGAAGGAUGCGGAUCCGGAGGAAGAGAGUGAGUACUACGUGAUGUGUGAUUUGCGCUACGGACGUUACGAUGCGGCCCGUUUGAAGCAAUUGAUGGCGGAAGAUGUCCCGCGUUUCUGCUCACUUGGCUUCUCUGUCACGCUCUGGAAAUGUGGUGUGGGUGUGUGGUGUGUCGUUGCCGCACACGGCACACAGACUCGAGCACCCCCAAGCAGUUACCUUCAGCGAGUACGCUGCCUCUCCCUCUCCUGUGGAGAAAGCCACACCCUCCUUCUCACCGAAUGCAACGGCUUCCGCUUCGCACUCAGUUGGGGAUCCGAUGACGCUGCACAGCAACUUGUUGCAUCUCCGGACGGUCCCCUGAACG